UGCCAGACCUGUUGGGUUCCUCCAACCUUCUGAGUCCAGUUCAGAUUUCCAGUAUUUGCCUUUAUUCAGAUGUAGAAAAUUGCCCAGACAAAAUGGGGUGUCACAGUGACAGCGAACUUUUCAUGGACAACUACUGCAGGGUUUGCUGUGCCAUGUUGAUCUCAGAAGUACAGAGAACCACACAUUAUGAGAGCAAAAAACAUGCCAACAAGGUGCGCUCUUACUUUCAACUGCAUAAAGAAGAAGGAACACCAUCAAAAAAAAUCAAAACAGAGAAUGUAGCUGUUGGCUUCCAGGAUGCUGGAACAGGCGAAGUGGACAAGAAUAAAUUUUGCAUCCUAUGCAAUAUGGUUUUCACAUCCCCCAUAGUUGCUCAGUCCCAUUAUAAAGGCAAGAUUCAUGCAAAGCGGCUCAAACAGCUUGUCGGAGAGCAGCCGUGUAUCACACAGCCACAGACUGUGCUGUGUUCUAUCACAGUGACCACAAAUGUGGCAAGUCCACCUUCAGAGGAGGGGUCUGUGCAGAGUGAGCAACUGGAAAAGGGCAAACAAGAAGUGGCACAGGAAGCUGCUACAGCAGCUUCCGCAGCUUUGGACCUGGAGGAUCCCAACAGGUUCUGCAAACUUUGCAAUGCCUCUUUUAACAACCCACUAAUGGCCCAGCAACAUUACAAUGGCAAGAAGCACAAGAAAAAUGACCUAAGGAGACAACUAAUGGAGGAAAUGGGGAAGGAGACAGAUUCUCCUGAGAAGAAUGUAGGAGCGGGUGACUAUCCAUGUGCUAUCUGCAAUGUUACACUCAAUUCCAUUGAGCAGUACCAGUGUCACCUACAAGGAUACAAACAUCACUUGAAAGAAAAUAAAGUGGUUAACCUGGUAAAGAAUACUAAGUCAAAGAUCUACGACUCAUUCCAGGAUGAACUCGAUGACUUUAUUAAAGUUCAGAAAGCAAGGGGUCUGGUGCCAAAGGUGUCCUUUAGAAAAUUUGAAGACAAUCAGGAAGAAGAAGACACUGUGAACUUGCCUUCAGCCAGCCCACCCCAUUCUCCUGCAUAUCCGUUGGAAGGUUUCCCUACAGCCAAACCAAGUGGUCUCCCAGAUGAACACGCUUUCCCAAAUUACGUGGAAAUUGGAGCUGAGCUGUUGCCCACGUUGCAAAAUGACCAUCUGAGGGACAAAUGCGAACAAAAUAGUAACUUGCAUAUAGAAUGCCACACACACAUGCAACUUGCUCUGAUGCCAACGCAUCCAGAAAAUAGUCAAGGUCCAUCCAGCUUGGAGUCAUUCGAUGAAUGUAAACCCAUAACCUCUGAUGACAGCUUAGACUCUUGCAAAAAAGACAAGAUUAGAGGGAAGAAGAAACACAGAAGGGACAAAAGAAACAAGGAAAUAGAAACUAAAAGGGAAAGUGAGCUUCUGAGCUACAGGGUAGAGGAGAGCCCUGAGGGACUGUGUUUGGAACAAGUUAAAGAUGAGUCAAAGCAGAAAGCAGAGCAAAGGGAUCGAAAUGAGUUUAUUCUCAACAAAGAAAAGGUAAAACAUAAAAAGGAAAAAAAGGAACUUAAUCAAGAAAAGGAGGAAAUGAAACUAAAACAUAAAAAGCAAAAGAAAAAGAAGGAAGUUGAUACAAGAACAGAAGAAGAAAAACUUUGGGAUGAAUCUAUUUUGGGAAUUUGAUACAAAGGAACUUUGAGGACUUUGAUGCUUGAUCACGGUUUUAAUUUGCUCAAGCACUUCUGAGAAUAAAAAUAUACGGUUGUUAAUAAAAGUGUUUGAAGAUUCAAUUAUUUUUCUCCCCAGUAAAUCAAUAUUGUUCAGAUGUUGUUCAUCAUCUCUGUGAGCUCUUGUUUGUUACUGUAAUUUUCCAAUCAGCUGUAACCUGAGUUAUGAAAUAUAUUGCUGACAUCUAAUGAUGUUUUAAGUGUCCUUGAGCAUUUGCUCUUCACUUUGUCAAACUGCUUUAUAAUUCUGAUGCGUUAUGGUAACUUGUAAAUUCUUGGGCCGUUCAGACUUGUUUAACUUUUAAUAAACAGUGUGAUUAUAGUUUUAAAU